UUUUAUUAUUUUUUCAACACGAAACUUUAUCCAAUCAGUACGCGUUGUUUAUACAUCCCGAAGACAAAUGAAAAAAUUUGCUGUACUGUUUACGCACACAACAAAUUUUUUUUUUUUUUUUUCUUAUUUCAACAUUAGAUUAAAUCUCUUCAUUUCAUCAUCUUGUGAAUCUUUAAAUCCAUUCCCUUCUAUUUUUAUAAAUAAACUAUACAAGUAAAUACCAAGGAAUCAUAAAAUGGCUUCAACUCGUUCAACUCGCAGCCAAACAAUUGAGAAAUCUGCUUUAACUACUGAACGUGGUGAGGGUAGCAGCAGCAGCAGCAGCAGUGCUUCCAAUACUCCCUCUCCUGCUUCCACUACUACUACUACUACUACAACAACAACAAAAAAGGUUGUUAAAAAAAAGAGUUCUAAUAAAAUGAUGAGUAGCAGUGCAAAGAGAAUCUCAAAAGAAUUAGCAGAAAUUUCACUUGAUCCACCUUCCAAUUGCAGUGCUGGUCCAAAAGGAGAUAAUUUAUAUGAAUGGGUAUCUACUAUUGCUGGUCCAAGUGAUUCACCUUAUGCAGGUGGUAUCUUUUUCUUGGAUGUCCAUUUCCCACAAGAUUAUCCUUUUAAGCCACCCAAGGUUGUAUUUAGAACUCGUAUUUAUCAUUGUAAUAUCAAUAGUCAAGGUGCCAUUUGUCUCGAUAUUCUUAAAGAUAAUUGGUCACCUGCCUUGACUAUUUCCAAAGUAUUAUUAUCGAUCUGUUCCUUAUUAACUGAUGCUAAUCCACAUGACCCAUUGGUUGGAUCUAUUGCUCAUGAAUAUUUAACAAAUAGAGAAGAACAUGACAGUAUAGCACGAGAAUGGACAAAGAGAUAUGCAUGUUAAGAAGAAAGU